ACGAAAUUAGUAAAAGCAAGAAGAAGAGAAAAAGAACUUUUGGAAAGUCGAAAAAAGGAAUAUUUUCCAGGAGUACAAGAAAGGAGUAUUCGCUGUAUUUGUCGGGACCUGAAAAAAAUUAGGAUCCAAUCGUCAAAAUACAUUUUGCAUCGCAACACGAACAUUAUUCGGAGUCAACAUGUCCAUGCUAAAUUUCAAUAUCCUACCAUUCCACGAAGCUGGUGAUGGCCUUACGUCUGUACGAUGGGACGAAUGGAAAGGACAGUUCGUGGCAUACUUGGCGUUGAAAGGAGUUAUUGAUCACGAGGAGCUGUACAAUGCGCUAAUGUGUUUUGGUGGCCCGGAUGUUAGAAAAAUAGCGAAAAAUAUAGAAGUUACUGGAGGCAUAUUGGAUAACAAGUAUAGAGCUGCAAUGGAAGCCUUAGACAAUUAUUUCGCCCCUCGUAUGUCGCUACGUUACGAAAGAAACAAGUUCCGGCAACUCAAGUUCAAUCAUAAGGAGAAAUUGGACCAAUUCGUUUUACGCCUCAAAACUCAAGCGGCAGUUUGUAAUUUCGAAGAACAGGUCAAUGAAAUGAUCAUGGAUCAAAUAGUGUAUGCGACGACAAGCGACGAUAAAUUGAGGGCGAAAUAUUUGGAAGCCGAUGUCACCCUUGAAGAAAUGCUGAAAAUUGGACGAACCCAUGAAUCUGUAUCUGCCCAAGUGCAAGAGUUCCGUUCAACAUCUUCCUGCGAGCCUACGGAGUUUCAAGAUUUGCAAAUGGUUUCUAAACCAGGUAAACUUACAAGUUAUGGCAAAGGUGCGUGUAAUCGGUGUUUGGGAAAACAUGAAGCGAACGACCAACAAUGCCCUGCUCGAGAAUCGAGGUGCAACAAUUGUGGCAAGAUAGGACAUUUUGCUCGGAGCUGCUGGAAGCCUUGGAAAAGCAGUAGUCCGUAUAGCUGGCAAAAUAAUCGAAAAACUGAUGUGAAGAAUUCGAAACCUCCAGUGAACCGGAUCAAAGGACAUGAUAUGACCAGGAAGCAGAAGUUUGUGAGAGAAGUUGAUGAUGUUUCUAACCAAGUGGAAAUUCGCGAACUAUUUCAUUUGGACGGCAAACGAAAAGUAGUUGCAGCAGUUGGUGGCGUAAACCUCCAGUUUGUUGUGGAUACAGGAGCAGAUGAAAAUAUUUUAUGUACAGCGGACUGGAAGACUUUAAAGAAGGUGGGAUUCAAGGCAUUCGAUGUGCGAAAGGGUAGCCGAAAAAUCUUUCGUGGAUAUGGAUCAAAUUGUCCCUUAACAGUUCUUGGUGAAGUAGACGCGGAAAUCGAGAUUGACGACCGGGCCUGUUCUACAACGUUUUUCGUAAUUGAAGGCGAGAAUUGCUCUUUGCUCUCCGGAAAUACAGCUGAGAAGCUAGGUGUACUGAAAUUUCUCAAUGCAACGAGCAGCUGUGCUUUACCCUGUAUCAAAGGUGAGAAUUAA